AUGAAACAAGAACAAGCCCUUGGGAUAUUUCCUCAUGAGAAUGAUAUUAGAAAUAUUUCCGACAAAGAUCUUUUCUCGAAAGCAGAAAGAUUUUGGACUCAAUCCGGUGACGUUCCCAAAUCUUUGGAUGAUCCACUGAAUGGUGCUACCAAAAAGCCAAGUGUUGAUGUUCUUGAGACCGCCACUCUCUUAUAUGAUCCUCCUCAGACAAAUGAUGAUAAAAGUGAUGUUGCUGAGUCAACUCCUAUUUCGCAUGAUCCACCUCACGAUGUAACCAAACCAAAAGGAGAUGUCUGA